UGGGGGUGGGGGCGGGGAGAGCUGCGAGCUGUCAGUGGAGAGAGAGUGGGACUCGCGCUCCUGGCCGGAUUCCGAGCUGGAAAUUUCGGCGGCUCUCGCUCGCAGGCAAAGGGCAAUCGCCGCGCUCCCCCGGAGCGGCCUCUUUUGUAGAAGCACCUGAAGUGCAGGGUCUGGUGCACUAAGCAGUAGCGCAGCGGAGGCAAGAGCCACAGCGACAACCUGGGGCCCUGCGUAGAAGCUCCAUCCCCUUGUGUUUCGUGUCCGCCUGCGUCCGCAGACUCGGAGGCAGAUCAUCUUGGAAGACGUAGGACUCUGAAAUGUUUCCCCUAAAGGAUGCUGAAAUGGGUGCCUUUACCUUCUUUGCCUCGGCUCUGCCACAUGACGUUUGUGGAAGUAAUGGACUUCCUCUUACACCAAAUUCCAUCAAAAUUUUAGGGCGAUUUCAAAUCCUUAAGACCAUCACCCAUCCCAGACUUUGCCAGUAUGUGGAUAUUUCUAGAGGAAAGCAUGAAAGACUGGUGGUGGUAGCUGAACACUGUGAACGGAGUCUAGAAGACUUGCUUCGAGAAAGGAAACCCGUGAGCUAUUCAAAGGUUUUGUGCAUAGCAUUUGAGGUACUUCAGGGUUUGCAGUAUAUGAACAAGCAUGGUAUAGUACAUCGGGCCCUGUCUCCUCAUAAUAUUCUUUUGGACCGAAAGGGACAUGUUAAAUUGGCUAAAUUUGGACUUUAUCACAUGACAGCUCACGGUGAUGAUGUUGAUUUCCCUAUUGGGUAUCCAUCAUAUUUGGCACCCGAGGUAAUUGCACAAGGAAUUUUCAAAACCACUGAUCAUGUGCCAAGUGAAAAACCAUUGCCUUCUGGCCCCAAAUCAGAUGUGUGGUCUCUUGGAAUCAUUUUAUUUGAGCUUUGUGUGGGAAGAAAAUUAUUUCAGAGCUUGGAUAUUUCUGAAAGACUAAAAUUUUUGCUUACAUUAGGUUGUGUAGAUGACACUAUAAUAGUUCUGGCUGAAGAACAUGGUUGUCUGGACAUUAUAAAGGACCUUCCUGAAAAUGUGAUAAAUCUUUUGAAGAAGUGUCUCACCUUCCACCCUUCCAAGAGGCCAACUGCAGAUGAAUUAAUGCAAGACGAGGUAUUUAGUGAAGUGUCUCCUUUGUAUACUCCCUUUACCAAACCUGCCAGUCUGUUUUCAUCUUCUCUGAGAUGUGCUGAUUUAACUCUGCCUGAGGAUAUCAGUCAGCUCUGUAAAGAUAUAAACAGUGAUUACCUGGCAGAAAGAUCUAUUGAAGAAGUAUAUUACCUUUGGUGUUUAGCUGGAGGUGACUUGGAGAAAGAACUUGUCAACAAGGAAAUCAUUCGAUCCAAACCACCUAUCUGCACACUUCCCAAUUUUCUCUUUGAAGAUGGUGAAAGCUUUGGACAAGGUCGAGAUAGAAGCUCACUAUUAGAUGACACAACUGUGACAUUGUCAUUAUGCCAGCUAAGAAAUAGAUUAAAAGAUGUUGGUGGAGAAGCAUUUUACCCAUUACUUGAAGAUGACCAGUCUAAUUUACCUCAUUCAAACAGCAAUAAUGAAUUGUCUGCAGCUGCCACUCUCCCUUUAAUCAUCCGAGAGAGGGACACAGAGUACCAACUAAACAGAAUCAUUCUCUUUGACAGACUGCUAAAGGCUUAUCCAUAUAAAAAAAAUCAAAUCUGGAAAGAAGCGAGGAUUGACAUUCCUCCUCUAAUGAGAGGUUUAACCUGGGCUGCCCUUCUGGGAGUUGAGGGGGCUAUUCAUGCCAAGUAUGAUGCAAUUGAUAAAGAUACUCCAAUUCCUACAGAUAGACAAAUUGAAGUGGACAUUCCUCGGUGUCAUCAGUAUGAUGAACUAUUAUCAUCACCAGAAGGUCAUGCAAAAUUUAGGCGUGUAUUAAAAGCUUGGGUCGUGUCUCAUCCUGAUCUUGUAUAUUGGCAAGGUCUUGAUUCACUUUGUGCUCCAUUCCUAUAUUUAAAUUUCAAUAAUGAAGCUUUGGCUUAUGCUUGUAUGUCUGCCUUUAUCCCCAAAUACCUGUAUAACUUCUUCUUGAAAGACAACUCACACGUAAUACAAGAGUAUCUGACUGUGUUCUCACAGAUGAUUGCAUUCCAUGAUCCAGAGUUGAGCAAUCAUCUCAAUGAGAUUGGAUUUAUUCCAGAUCUCUAUGCCAUACCUUGGUUUCUCACCAUGUUUACUCAUGUAUUUCCACUGCACAAAAUUUUCCACCUCUGGGAUACCUUACUCCUUGGGAAUUCCUCUUUCCCAUUCUGUAUUGGAGUAGCAAUUCUCCAGCAGCUACGGGACCGGCUUUUGGCUAAUGGCUUUAACGAGUGCAUUCUUCUCUUCUCUGAUUUACCAGAAAUCGACAUUGAACGCUGUGUGCGAGAAUCAAUCAACCUGUUCUGUUGGACUCCUAAAAGUGCUACUUACAGACAGCAUGCUCAACCUCCAAAGCCAACUUCUGAUAGCAAUGGUAUCAGAAGUUCGACACCUUUUUUCUCCACUGAGUGUCCAGAUCCUCCAAAAACAGAUUUGUCAAGAGAAUCCAUCCCAUUGAAUGACCUAAAGUCAGAAGUAUCACCCCGAAUUUCAGCAGAGGACCUCAUUGACUUGUGUGAACUCACAGUGACAGGCCAUUUCAAAACACCUACCAAGAAGACAAAGUCCAGUAAACCAAAGCUCCUGGUAGUUGACAUCCGGAAUAGUGAAGAUUUUAUUCGGGGUCAUAUUUCAGGCAGCAUCAACAUUCCAUUCAGUGCUGCCUUCACUGCAGAAGGAGAGCUUACCCAGGGCCCUUUCACUACUGUGCUCCAGAGCUUCAAAGGAAAGGUCAUUGUCAUCGUGGGGCAUGUGGCAAAGCACACAGCAGAGUUUGCAGCUCAUCUUGUGAAGAUGAAAUAUCCAAGAAUCUGCAUUUUAGAUGGUGGCAUUAAUAAGAUCAAGCCAACAGGCCUCCUCACUGUCCCAUCUCCUCAAAUAUGAAGAACCAGGACUGUGACUGUGAAAAGGACAGAGUGAUAUCAGCCCUCAACAGCCCAACUCUUCAUAGCCUCACCACUCUAAAACAGCUAGACUUCCACAUUGUGGCAUUGCCAUAAAGUUUUGUCCUGAAGCCUUUUUUUUAAUCUCAUAACCCACAUGUUCAGCUAUCCAGGCAACAAACUUGACUGUACAUGUAUUGCUGAAAGAAUUUCCUUAACAGUGAAAUCCGAUCAUGUAUUUUUACCACAGUGCAACACAAAGCCAGAGGAAUUCAGCUGACAAGGCAGAUUUAGCAUUAUCAAGAAAUCUCAAUUGCACUGAAAAAAUCUGUCUCCCGUUGCACUGAACAGACAGUCCUAACAAAGGUAUUAUUUAGAACCAUAGACUGAAUGAAGGUUGAAGUCAUCUUUCCAUGAUAAUGAAAAGUAAAAAGCUAUUCACAAUAUAUUCCUUAUAAGUGAAUGCUA